CUGAUCAAUAUAUAAAUAAUAUUAAUAAUUACAUUAAACGUAUUAUUUUUUUGACGACUGGACAAUUAAACAGUUGAUAAUACUUUAGAAUUUUUACAGUUUGAGAAAAAUUGUUGCAAAGAAUAUGAUAUUACGGACUAGUGCGCUUAUUGUUGCCAAUUUUAUGUUUCUUUUGGACAUAAUACAAAUGAAACCAAAGGACCAACAAGCUGAGGCUCAGAAAGGACCUUGUGUUGGCAUGGACUGUUUACAUGGUGUACUGAUGCACAAUGACGACACUCAGGGAGAAAAGCACACAGCUGAAGACCAGUAUCUCAGAUAUAAAGCAGUUCUUGAUACUGAAAAUCCCCGUAAAGGUCCUCUUGACGCAGAAGCGCAAAUGCAUGGCAUCUUAAUGCACGGUGAUUCCACAGCAAAGGAACAUCAUACGGGGAAUAAAGAGGUUCUUCCUGAAAAAGUUUCAGAAGCUGGACCAAAAGAUUUGUCUGAGGUAAUACACGAAGGAAUGCACGGAGAAGAGGGUACACAUACAAAUCAUGACUGGAAUAAGGAACAAAAUUUAGGCGAGAACGAAAACAAAGGACCGUUUGAUUCAAGGUUUAUGCACGGUGUUUUAAUGCAUGGUGAUAUUAACUAUGAACACAGGGAAGGUCUGGGAGAAGAUACUGACAUAACAAAUGAUAAGGAUAGGAAAGUUGGACCUCAAGAUGCUGCAAAACAAUUCCAUGGAGUUAUGAUGCAUGGAGACACUGAAACUGGCAAAGACCACACACAUGAAGAGCCAGCUGAAUCAAAACAAGAUAGCAAUAAAAUCGGACCAAAUAACGAUCUGCACGGGAUACUCAUGCACGGUGACUCUAAUCUAGGUCAUGAUCAUUCUAAUGAAGACUCUAAAGCUGUGCACGAUGUUUUCAGUGACAUUUCUAAAAUUAAGGACCUUGGAUUAGAUGACAACUUACUGAAAAUGAUAAAUCUGGAGCAAAUUCUUGAGAAGGACAGACAAGAAUAUGCAGACUGGAUUAUAAAUAAUCCACAGUACCAAGAUGAAUCUAUGAUGGGAUCAACAUUAGCGAGUGUAUCUGAUACUAUCCUUGAUGACAUAGAGCUUAUGAAAAAGAGAUAUCUUGCAAAAAAUAACCAGCCAGAUGAAAAGGAAGUAGGUUCCAAAACAUCAUCAAAAGAAGAACAUCCAUUUACUGCAGAAGACGCAAGAGCGAUAUACGAUGAUAGUGUACAUGCAGAGGAAGGCGAAGAUACAAGACACGACCUUGAACUAUUAGGGAGCACUGAACCAAUCAAUGCAAGACAUAAAGCUAAAUUGGAAAUGCUAAAAUCCAAGCUGAACAAAUAAAUUGUUAAUGCUUAGAUUAUUAUUUGUUUUACCUUUAACGGCAUAUAAACUCUAUGAAACAUUUCGAUGUAUUGUAGUAACAGGUAUUCCUAAAGAAUGCAAUUUACACUGACAUAUCAAAUAAUACGUCUUAUACUCCUUUUCUAAGAUGAGGAAUAAAUAUAUACGAAGA